CGCGCGGUGCCAAGUUGCUGAUGUGUCACACUGUCACUGGCCUUCCGCCAAUGCGAGCCUCGCGCCGUCAGCGACAGAACCACUUUCGCACGCUGCAUUGCACACCCCGGAACUUGGAUAUUCGACAGUCAUAACGACACCCCCAGACCCCAAGAAGUCCUUUGGGGCGAGGGGCAAAGAGCAUUUGUCCAAAGUUCGUUUAGCGAUACCUGCGUAUCUUGCCUCGCGUACCCUCCCCGAAACACCAUGGGCGAAGUCGGCAUCACAGACGUACCGGCGUCUCCAAGGGAAGCAGAGCUUACACUGGACGAACCCGCAGGAACGGCGACGCCCAUCCUGCCAGUGGAACUGCAUGUUGCAAACGACGGUUUAUCCCACCGUUUCGCAAGCUCGUCCGCGGAAGCGGAUACCGGUCUUACCGAGGAAGAGGAACCCCGUCCACCAGAACGGUCUGACGCCCCAGAUGCAGGCUCCCUGGCAGAGGACGUGGGUCCUACACAUGACGAGACUAGUGAUAGAGAUACAGCAACUGCGGCACCUGGCUCUCUCAACCCAGAAACGAACAGCACGGAAACGGGGGCGGUACCAGAAGAACAUCGAAUAUGCCGCAUUUGUUACGGGGGCCCAGCGGAACCAGAUGAGCCGUAUCUUGGCCGACUCAUUAGUCCUUGCAAGUGUAAAGGGACGAUGCGGUUUGUUCACACUGGGUGUUUGAACGAGUGGCGGAAAGUGAGUCGGAAGAAGGAGAGCUUCUACCAAUGUGAUCAUUGCCUUUAUAAGUAUCACUUCCGGCGGACGACGUGGGCACAUUGGUUGACGAAUGAAGCGAUCGUAACACUCAUAACCAUCGGAGUCUUCCUAUCGGCCGUCAUCCUCGCCGGUUUCGUCGGGAAGCUUCUCGUGUUCCUGAUGUCAGACGACGAGGAACCUGAAGCUGCGGACGAUGAUGCCGUGCUCUGGUUCCUUCAAGGCUCUCGCAUCUCCUUCUGGGCGGCGGACCGCGCUCACGUGUACGAGUACAUCGUCGAGCAUUUCCUCUGGGGAUUUAGCGUUGUGGGGAUGUUGGGCUUGUCUCAGAUGGUCGUUCCGUUGUUCAGCGGGCCCUGGGCGCCGAGGUUACCACGAAUCAGGAAUUGGAAUGAAAGCAGCGGAUCAAUCGUGCUUAUCGUGUCGAUGUGCAUUGGGGCGGUCAGAGCGUUGUGGUUUAUCUGGAAGGCGGUCAGGAAGUGGAGCAGGCAGAAACUUUCGAGGAUGGAAUUGGCGAUUUUGGAUGUUUCCGCAGAUGCGUAGGAUGUGGACGGCACGGAGGCAGUGCGAGGAGCACAGCGAUACGCGUACUAUGUAGCUUCUCUAUCACCUCCUCAAAGUGAUCUCACGGCGACAUAGGUUUAGGCCGAGACCCAAAGCCACAGGGGAAACUCCCAUAAUGACACGCGCAUCCCGCUUCCGCAUCCCGUUGCAAAGUAGUUAGGAAUUCCCAAUCACCCGCAC